UAGCCGCCAGCCGCCCCCCACUCCUCUUCGCUUCCGAAUCAAUUCCGGCGAGCCUCGCCGCGCGCCCCCGCUCCCGAACAAUCUACAGCUAGGAGCGCCCGGAUCCCGCCUCGUCCCCGAGAUGGCGGUGGCGCUGCGGUUCCCGGCGGUCGCGCGGGAGUCUCCUGCCGCGCUCGCCGCCGCCGCCGCCAAGCUCGGGAGGGAGCAGGAUUUCCUGUGCGCGAGUGCCAGGCCGGGACCGCAAUGCUGGAGGCGGAGGGGGUUGGUGGUGCGUUGCCAGACGGGAGCGGCCGCUGUUCUCAAGAAUGAGGAGGCCACGGCGGCGGCAGCGGCGGCGGCGCACAAGGCCCGCACGGGCUUCACCGUCGUCAUGAAGUUCGGCGGCUCCUCGCUCGCGUCGGCCGAGCGGAUGAGGGAGGUGGCUGACCUCAUCCUCUCCUUCCCGGAGGAGACGCCGGUCAUUGUCCUAUCCGCCAUGGGGAAAACCACAAAUAACCUCCUGCUGGCCGGAGAGAAGGCGGUGAGCUGCGGUGCCCCAAAGGCGUCUGAAAUUCCUGAGCUCGCCGUCAUCAAGGACCUGCAUCAUAGGACGAUUGAUGAGCUUGGGUUAGAUAGGUCGGUUGUUUCAGGCUUAUUGGAUGAAUUGGAGCAGCUUCUUAAGGGAGUUGCUAUGAUGAAAGAGCUGACUCUUAGGACGAGAGAUUACCUUGUUUCCUUUGGUGAAUGUAUGUCCACAAGAAUAUUUGCUGCAUAUUUAAAUAAACUUGGGAAAAAGGCACGCCAGUACGAUGCAUUUGAUAUUGGCUUUAUAACCACUGAUGAUUUCACAAAUGCGGAUAUUCUUGAAGUCACUUAUCCUGCUGUGGCAAAGAGGCUACAUGGAGAUUGGAUGGAUGACCCUGCCAUCCCUAUAGUCACUGGUUUUCUUGGGAAGGGAUGUAAAUCAUGUGCUGUUACUACUUUAGGCAGGGGUGGUAGUGACUUGACUGCUACAACUAUUGGCAAAGCCUUGGGAUUAAGAGAAAUCCAGGUUUGGAAGGAUGUAGAUGGCGUGUUGACGUGUGAUCCUAAUAUUUAUGCAAAUGCGAUACCCGUGCCCUACUUGACUUUUGAUGAGGCCGCUGAACUUGCCUACUUUGGCGCACAGGUUUUGCAUCCUCAAUCAAUGCGACCUGCUAGGGACGGUGAUAUACCAGUUAGAGUUAAGAACUCAUACAAUCGUCAUGCACCUGGUACUGUCAUCACUAAAGCCAGAGAUAUGAGCAAGAGUAUUUUAACCAGCAUUGUGUUGAAAUCAAAUGUUACCAUGCUUGAUAUAGUGAGCACACGGAUGCUCGGCCAGUAUGGUUUUCUAGCAAAGGUCUUCUCAAUAUUUGAAGAUUUGGGCAUCUCCGUUGAUUGUGUGGCUACUAGUGAAGUCAGCAUAUCGUUGACACUAGACCCGUCAAAACUAUGGAGUCGUGAGUUGAUCCAGCAGGAACUUGAUCAUGUUGUUGAAGAACUUGAAAAAUUUGCAGUUGUUCAUCUGCUCCAGCGUAGAUCAAUCAUCUCCCUGGUAGGAAAUGUACAGAGGUCGUCGUUGAUUCUUGAAAAGGCAUUCAAUGUUCUGCGAAGACAGGGUGUUAACGUCCAGAUGAUCUCACAAGGGGCAUCCAAGGUGAACAUUUCCUUGGUAGUCAACGACUGCGAAGCAAAACAGUGUGUGCAAGCCCUCCAUUCGGCAUUCUUUGAGAAUGGCUUCAUGUCAGAAGUCGAGGGAGCUGAUGUUCCCCAGAACAGCGCCUCUCUGAACUCAAAUGGCGCUAUAUAUGGAAACUAGUCGACUCUGCAAUUGCAUUCUCCUCAAUUGGUGUACCAUUGAUAGGUUAUCUGGUGAUUCGUAGCAAUUUAUUUAGGUCACCCAAACGAAUUCCUUGCUGUUGUAAGAGCUUACCAAGAACAGUUUGCAUGGUAUGCCAUUGUUUACCAUGCGAUCGGGCGCUACUGAGUAGUAACCAUUAAGCAUCCCCAAGCUUAUGUAUCAGAGAGUUGUAUUGCAUAUGAAUGUUAUUAGAGAAUUAUAUUGCACCCUUUGGGUGGUGAUGAAGUGCAUCUCUGUAGAUUUAA